UCCAUUUUCCUUCCUUGAAGGCGCGUUUUGUUUUGCUAAUCGAAAAUAAUAUUGUAUACCAUUGAAACAUAAUAUAAUCAAGUAAACCAUUAUUUCCUAUCGAAUGAUAUAAUUUUAAUGCAAAAAAUGUGUUGUGAAUCCGAUUUUACAGUCGUUAUACCGUGUUAUUUGCUUCCAAACGCGUGUGUUAUUGAUUUUGUAAGCACAAUAGUUUUGUGGAUUUGAUGAUUUUUCCAAACGAUUUAUGCGUGAAGAUGAAGACGAAACUGACUUCCGUCGUGUACCUGGGCUACACGGCCAUGGACCGAAGGUUCUCGAACGCGAUGCUCCCGUGGUUGCUGCGCGAAAUCAGAGCUACGGGCAUUCGGGAUAAGCUGAGCAUAGCAGUAGAAGACGGACAUCUAAAGGCCUACAAUGGGAACUUCGAGCCGGUCAUCGUCCAUAGAAUAGUUGAUAUUAUAAGGGCCAGCCAGGUUCCAGGCAGACCUGAAGAGCUUUUCUACAUACUCUUCAAUGAGAAGGAGGGUCUGCUCAACUGCUACAUGUUCAGAGCCAACUCUAUAAACGAGGUGACAGACCUAUUCGGUCAGAUGCGCGAGCCGUCUUCGGGGGGCGUGAGUCCCCGGGGAUCCACAGGCUCGUUGGCGAACGGCGCCGUCACCAAGAACAUCGGCUUCCUGCAGCAGAACGCGGCUGACCACCUACCCUGGAACAACCACGCGGUGGAGCUCAGCGGCAACUGUAACAACACUAAUCUCGGUUGCGAGCCGCAGCCAGGCCUGGUCCGCAGCGUGAGCAACGCGUCGGCGCUCACGUCGCUCUGCGCUGAUCUCUCGCUCUCAGACUCACAUUUCUUCGAGGUGUUAUACAUUGGUAAAGUGCGCAUAUCCCAAAGGAAGGUGCCGGAGUCGUUGAUCGACGACGCACUCACUAAAUUCGCACAGCACGAAGCCGAGAAGGCUUUGAAGAGGCGACACAGUCUUCUGUCUUCAACUGGGACUUCUAUAUAUAGCAGCGAGUCUAUCGAUAAUUUAUCAGAAGAGAAAAAAACAGAAUUCACAGAAAUAAGGAAAAUUAUAUCGCCGAGCACAACACCUUUAGAACCUAUCAAAGGAAACUCGUGGAAAAGUGUGGAAACCCUUGCGGAAAACACAAGACAAAUAGACGAUGAAUUCGAUCUAUUCACAAAAGAGAGAGUUGAAAAAGUAAAAAAGCCCACACAAGAGAGUCUCAUAUCCCUCGGCGUUCCGAAAAACAAUCUCGGAACAGUUAGAGAAGACGAGGAAAAAUGCGAAAUCGGGUCCGUCAUCUCAGACACGUCGAGUUCCACGCCUCGACAAAUUCAGAACGACAUCGACGCGAGGUCGGACGUCGAGAAUCAGGCCUCGAAAAAUUCAGAAUCGGAAUUCGUAGAUCCGUUGUUAAAUAAGAAAAGGGAUAUGAGUAUUAAUUUUAGGGAGUUGCAAAGAAAGGAUGCUGACAAGAAAAUGGUGGAGAACAAGCCGUUUCUGAGAGAUAGAUCCGCUUCAAUAGGCACCAUUAGUAACAAGACACCAAUAGCGCAGUUAAUCGGGGAACAAAACAGAACUAUGUUGUUUCAAGUCGGUCGAUCAGAACUUCGUCUCAUAAGUCCGGACAGGAAACAGAUACUACUUCAUCGCGCGUUUAAAGACGUCGUGAGUUGUGUCCUCGGCCGGUACAACAAGGACCACUUCGGGUUCGUGUGCCGCGAGACCAACGACACGUACGCGUGCUACGUGUUCAAAUGCGAGAGCGAUGGCGUCGCCGGGGAGGUGGUCAACGCUAUAAGGCAGGCUUUCGUGGCGCAUGCGGACUUGUUGAAGAAGACGAGGGAGAAGUCUCCCAAUAUGACCUGCGAGCAUUGCCCCAUGCUGUGGUACCAUCGGCUAUGUCACGAUAUCGAUGGUAUGAACGACAAGAAAACCCACGCGUUCAUCCUACGCCGCAUCGAGCAGCUCCCUGAAGAUGAACAGGACCUCAUCAUCACCAAGUAUCAGGGCGGCACCAACCACAUGUACGAGACAGCGGACCACAACUCGUUCUUGAUGAUGUUGCUGCGAGCCCACUGCGAGGCGAAGCAACAGCGGCACGUGCACGACACCGCAGAGAACAGGUCCGAGUUCCUGAAUCAAUAUUUAGGUGGAAGUACUAUCUUCAUGAAGGCUAAACGUUCCCUUUCGAGUGGUUUCGAUCAUUUGCUCAAGCGGAAGGCGGUUAAAGAAGAAACAAAUACAGUUAUCGUGAAAAAGGACUCCUCCCCUGUGCCGCCAAACAUUAUGGAGACAUCGUCGGAGCCCUCGGGAGCCGAACUUCAGCUCCCUGACACCGGCCGGAGUAAGUCUCUCUCGCCGGCCAUCGUCACUCAUGAUGCUGAUAGUCCGCCGACGCCCAAGACACAAAUGACGCCACCUCCAGAAGAAAGAAGCGAAGCGGAUGAGAAGGAUGAAGUCACUUCUACCAACUCUCCUAUGAUGGACAUUUUCCUGAAAGUGAGCGACUCUCGCCCGACGGCCACUGAGGGCGGAAACGAACCGGACUCGACCUGGCGACAGGCUAUUUAUGAGAAAGUCGUGCAACCACCCGACGUUCAGGAAGAAGAGCUCUCAAGCGCUCUGCUAGGGAAGCCGUCGGUGCGCAAAGGCAAGCGCACGAGGGAAGAGCUCAGACAGCUAUGGAAAAUGGCCAUCGACCAGACCAUACUGUUGGUCAGGAUGGAGAAGGAAAAUGCUAAGUUGAGAGAGAGCGAGGAGUCGUCGGCGGUGCGGCGCAUCAAGCUGGAGUACACGGAGUUCGGCGCGUGCGACGCGGGCGCCGCGCUCAUGUGGGACUCGCUGCUCGCGCGCGACCUCUCGCGCCCCGCGCAGCUCGACCGCCACAUGCUCACGCAGGCCGUCAUGCAGGGUGUGCCGCGCGCGUGCCGCGGCGCGGUGUGGUACUUCCUGGCGGAGCAGGCGGCGCGGCGCGCGCCCCCGCCGGACCCGCACUACCACACGCCCUACCGCGCGCUGCUGGCGGGGCUCACCAAGCACCAGCACGCCAUACUCAUCGACCUCGGUCGGACGUUCCCCAAACAUUCAUACUUCGCAUCGGCCCUGGGACCUGGACAGUUAGCUCUAUACAAUAUUCUGAAGGCGUAUUCGCUGCUGGACCCUGACGUGGGGUACUGUCAGGGCCUCAGCUUCGUCGCUGGAGUGUUGUUAUUGCACACAGAGGAGGCAGAUGCAUUCAUAUUGUUACGUCAUUUAAUGUUUAGAAGAGGAUUGAGAAAACAAUAUCUUCCAGACAUGAGUGCCUUACAAGUGCAGUUGUACCAACUGUCUAGACUGCUGCGGGACCACGAGCCAGAACUUCACGCUAAGCUGGAGGCCUUAGACAUAUCCCCGGCAUUGUACGCCGCGCCCUGGAUGCUGACGCUGUUUACCAGCCAGUUUCCCCUGGGUCUUGUCGUCAGGGUGUUUGACCUGAUCUUCCUGGAGUCCCUGGACGUGGUGUUCUCCGUCUCAUUAGCAUUGUUAUCCGUUCAUAAAGACGGACUGAUGAUGUGCGAGAGUUGCGAGGAGGCUGCAGAGUACCUGAAACACAAGCUGCCAGACAUGAACCGGCAUAUGUACGAGAAGGUCAUGAAAAAGGUGCACUCGCUGGACAUCUCGCGGCAGCUGGGCGAGUACGCGGUGGAGUACGCGGUGCUGCGCGAGGAGAUGCCGCGCCUCGCCGCGCUGUCCGACCACAACCGCCGGCUCGCCGCCGACAACUACAAGAUGAGCGAGGAACUCGAUUCCGCGAUGGAAGCCAUAACUAACUUCCAGAAGAGCCAAGCGCGUUUAGAUGCAAUCAACAAGAACCUAGAACAACAGUUAACACUUCUUAGUCGGUAUAUCACCUCUCACCACAAGACAGAUGUCCCAAUGGAGGUCAGAAAGAUAGUCCAGAACCACAGCAAACGGUUGUCGUUCAGCUCCAAGAUAUUCUCCACGAAGUUCACCACGAACGAGGAAUCUGAAGAAACUAAAAAACAAUUCAAACAAGGCAUGAGCACGCCUAACUUAUUCUCCAAAAUGAAUAAGGAAGAAGUUCUCCAAAUGAAUAAACAGGGUUCUCCAGAUAGCGAUAAGAGGUUCGUAAUGAAGAAAUCGCAGUCUGUCCAUUCCGGACUCAUUCCGAAGAACUAUCCGUUGAAAGUUCUGGACGAGAGAGAAGAGAAUAGAAGGUUCGAGAACGAGAAUCUCUCGGAGUCGUUGAAAGAGUUGGGAAGAAAGACAUUCGUGACCACACACGAGCAGAUACGACAAGAAAGAUACUUCGAACAGCAGUUGAAGAACGACUUUGAUGAAAAUUUAAGAAAAUUAGACGAGAAACUAAUUCCUAAGUCCUAUCUGGAUGACAUAAAUAUGUUCCAGAGUAGGAAGAGUAUGUCAUUGAAUUUAAAACCUAAAAUUGAGAAGGUGGAAGAAGCAAAGUUGGAUGACAGUGGAUUUGUAACUCCGCUAAGUCCAGAAGAUAAGAGGGAUGACUGCUCGAUAAUAUCCCAUCCCCUUAGUGAUUGUGACGUCGACAUAAAAUUCGACGGUCAGUCGACCAAGUUGAAACAAAUUCGACCUAUCAGGCACGCUGAGAAGCAGUCUUAAGGUCAUCAGUACUGGCUUUGACGACAGAACAUGCUAAAUUAUUUUAAAGUAAAAAACUGGCCUAUCGCAAAUUUUGCCAUUCAGUUUCGUAUGAUAAAUGGUAAAUGCAAUGCCUUUGAAAAACAGUUUUUAAUUGACAUUAACGUUUGGCCAAUGAAGAUAGCGAAUUAUCAUCUCGUGAUCAACUUUUUGCUUUCAUAUAUUUGUAGUAAAAAGAGUCUUAUUGAAAUUGCCUUAAGGAUUUAUUUCGUAGCUGCAAUAACGGCAAUUGUGUACGGACGCUUGGUGAUGGCGUGAAGUUAGUCACGAGUGGCGAUAAAGCGAUCGAAACUAGAGAACAACGGAUACAAAGAGUUCUUUCGACAUAAACGUACAAUGGCAUCAAAAAAAUAUAUACCAUAAAUUAUUGAUUUACAAUUUACAAUAAUUUUGCAUGUAUGCUCUGCCGUUCUAUCUAGAGUUUUUAUUAUAAUAGGGAUGUUGACUAUUUAAUUAUUCUAAAUAAUUGUUCAUAAUAUGUAACAAAAAGUAGUGCCUGUUAAUGUGUUCGCGCAUAACGUAAAAACGUCUAGAUGGAUUUCAAAAUGCAUGUUUAGCUAUUGCUAACUGAAAUUGCAAAAUUAAUAUUACCUUAGAACAAAUUACAAAUAAAUGUAGAAAAAUGCAUUAGAAUUGCAAGGAACGGCUACCUAUAUACCACGUCGUUCGUACACAUUCUUGAAUAUUGUUUACGAGGCAUGUCAUGCAGUUUUUAUAAGCAGGUCGAUAUUAUAAACAACAAUUAAGCAAUCAUACUCGACUAAAUGCUGAGCAAACUUCAUACUAUAGUCAACAUCUCCAUAAAAGAAUUUUAGAAAAUCGCCACAGAGAUUUCCAAAGUAUUAUGAUUAUACAAGGAGUAGAGACCAAACUCAAUGGCAAUUAAGAGUAAACCUUAUGCCCUUGUGGAUACUGGCGAUUUCAGUAUUACAAAAGAUUAAAGGCGCCGUUUAAGUAGUUUUUUUAGUUUUGUCAAAUCAAUUCCAUGUGAACGGACUUAAGGUUGAAUUUUAAUUGUUAUACACUUGGUCUUGUAUAUACUGACCAUUAUAUUUAAAAUUGGGAUUUAUAGAAUGAAUAGUAUUAACUCGCGAUUUUUUUAUAGCUUAAUACGAGAGUGUAGUAACUGGUUUGUUGUGAUGGUCAAAUUUUAAAACAUUUUUUGCCUACAUUUAGAUACCUAUUUUGUGAAACACCCUGUAGUAAUAAAUUGUUGAAAAAAAAUUAGGUACUUUUAAACAAUUUAUAUUAAAUUAUUUUGACGGGUCAAAUAAAAUUUGUUUCAUAUUCAAAAGCACUUACGGUUUACUUUUUCAAAGUAUACUUAUAUUUCCGGUUUUACUAUGAUUUAUGUGUAGUAAAUUUAGGUGAAAGGUAAAAAAAAUCGCGGGAUAAUUCUAUUAUAUAUCGAAAUCAUAGAGUAAUCUAGUCUUGCCUUUUAGAUGUUAAAAAAUUAUACGUUACCUAUACACUGUUGGAUUACAUGAAAAGUCCCUUUGUCGAUCGUCACCACAAACAUUAAGUUGUUGUUUAAGUAAUUAUUUUGAACAUUACACCAAAUUUUACCAUUAUAAUAAUAUAAUUUACCAUUAAUUAUCGUGUAAUUAUUACGUUAUUAUUAAAAUUAGUUUCCGGUUAUUUAACUUUAGGUGCAAAUAAUUAAUCUUGAAAAUUUCAAAUACAAUGGGACUUCUCAAGUGACUUUAGUUUUAAUAAAAUCUGUUGAUGAUUACAUUUUAAGGGUUCAUUUACCGCGUUACAUACAUUCACACAGUUAAUAAAUCCGGGAUUUGUAAAUAAAAUAUCUUAAUACAAACUUCCAGACUCACGUCUUACUUAUAACUAUUUCGCAAUGAUAUGCUUAGUUAAAACACAAAUUUACUCGAUCAGCUGUAAGUCAAAACCCGCCUUAUUGCCUUUUAAUAAGGUUUAAAUUAGGAACCGGUGAUGUUUUUGACAGCCAGUUAAACAAUACUUAACCACCUUUUAACGCUAAAACAAGUUUAUAAGUAAGACUGAUUGUGUUAUGUAACGAAGCUCAUAUCUUACACAGGGUGAUGCAAAAAAUUGAGUUCAAUUAUUAUAUGAAAUGUACUCAUAGAAAGUAACCACCAACAGAUAAAAUUGUACACGGUUAAACAAAAUGUUGAUAAAUAAAUGUGUUCAAAAGUAUAGCAACGCGUCGCUUCUCUCACGCAGGGCACGAGGUUUAUUUUCGCAGUGUAUUGUGAUUGCUCAAGAGGUGGAUUUUGUUGCAUAGAAUCGAAAAAAACUAUAAUAUAUGAUAUAGGAAAGGCCUAUAGUAGGAAAUUUAAUUGGUAGAGGGUAAAAAUACUAAUUAUAUAUAGAGCCAGUUUUGUAAAGAGCAUGAAUAGCCGGCUUGACUAAAAUGGUGUUGCCACAGUUGUUUCUUGCUUUAUGGGUUAAGCUCUGCCAUCUAGUGGCGCAAUCUAAACUUACUCUAUCGAUACUUGGCAUUGUUGUAAAACCAGUUUUUAAUAAACGAUCCCAAUCUCAAUCUUCAAUCCGAUAGAAUGAACCAAUCUAAAUCUCAUUUGUAAGAAUGACAAAAAGUCUUUGUCCUGAUUGGUCCAUUUUUGAGAUAGAUCAAAAAAGCGAUUGGGAUCGUUUAUUAAAAAUAGCGGUAUAUUAACUUUUAUUUACCUUUUUUCGGUUCUAUACAACAAUAUAUUGUAAAAGGCACGAAUAUAGCUUAGAUAUAGAGAGAAAUGUGAUUAAAUAAAGCUAUUUUAGUUGGUUG